ACUUCAAAGUGUUCCCUCAGAACAGAAAAGGAGCUCUGCAGCCAUCGGCUCAAACCCAAACCCUAACCCUAACACUGGGUAGAUGAGACGUUCAUUUCUGCAUAUUUUCAUCAACCAACACCAGCUCAGACAAUUUCUCAGUAGCACAUGUUUAUCUUGAGGAAGAACAUCGGCGAGUUACAAUGGAUUUGGAUUUUGGGAGGAGCUUAGAUAGGAUCAGCAAGUUACCAGACUCGGUACUGUGUCACAUACUUUCGUUUCUUCCGACGAAAUAUGCAGUGGGGACCAGCAUUCUAUCAACGAGAUGGCAGUACCUUUGGACUUCUGUGGCUAUGCUCGACUUCAACGAUUCUGAACUCUUUAAUAAACGGGAUCGUACGAAUGGUAUUGGAGAAGCUGAAGUCGAUUUGAGAUUUACGAACUUUGUGAACACAGUGUUGCUUCUUAGUGAUGUGUCGUGUUUGGAGAAAUUUAACCUUAAGCUUGAUUCAUUUUGCUAUUUUGGCAUUGUUAAGGCAUGGAUCAGCACUGCUAUAAAGCGCAAUGUUCAAAAGCUAGAGCUUCGAUACUCUGAAUGGCACAAUUUCGAUGGACAGAUUCCUAUUCAGUUGCCUCAUAUGCUUUUCAUUUGCAAAACACUGGUGGAUUUAAGGCUGAAAGGAAACAUUUCCUUGAAAGUUCCUGCUUCGGUUUGGCUUCCGAGUCUUAAGAUUCUUGAAAUAAAGGAAGUUAUAUACGAAAAUGGAGAUUCAGCUCAUAACCUCAUCCACGGAUGCCCAGCCCUUGAAGAUUUGCACAUACAUAGGUUCUACUUCGAUAAGCAAAAGGUGUUGAACAUUUCUGUGCCUACAUUGAAGCGCCUAGUGUUAUUCCGUCAAGGAGAUGAUGGUCAUCUCCUCUCUAGUGAUGACGAUGGUGAAUCGCAACACAAGCUUAUAGUCAAUACGCCCAAGCUCGAAUACCUCGAUAUCACAGAUUGUGAUUCGGAUGAAUUUUCGUUGGAGAACUUAUCAUCCUUGUUGGAUGCACGCAUUAAUGUUGGGCUUUGCUUUUCAGGACCCGUCAGUUCCUCCAACCUACUUAAGCUUCUUCAUGGGAUUGCAAAUGUUAAGUUUCUUCGGUUUUCCUCUACUAAUUAUGAUGAUUAUGUGCUGCCCACGAUGAAUCCUCUCCAUAAUUUGACAUAUCUAGGGCUUCAGGAUGCCAUUGAUGGCUGGAAUGUGGAUUUGCUAAAUGUGUUUCUUGAGUACUCUCCCAAUCUCAAAGUUCUUGUUCUUGAGGGAAAUAGAAUCAUGCGUUCAUACAGACUUUGGAGCCCACCUCCGCGAGUUCCUAGUUGUUUGUUAUUGAAUCUCAAGGAAAUUGAGUAUCUGAACUUUGGUGGAGAGAAACAUGAGUUCGAAGUGAUAGAGUAUUUUCUGGAAAGCGCUGAAGUUCUGAAGAACAUGACAAUUUCUUGUCAGCAUUCAGAUAGCUGGCGUCUAUUAGCACGAUUUCCAAGGGCGUCAAAGAUUUGUGAACUUAAUCUCCGUUGAAGUUAUAAAUGGAAAUGCUAGCGCAUGGAGUUAUUCUUGGGAUGAUGUGCUGGCACUAUGUGUCAUUUUGAAAAGAGUCACCUGAUGAGACCUUAGUUGUUGCUAUCUCGUACUCUACUAGUUUAUUUUUACAAUGACACUAGAUUUGUGUAAUCUGGGAUGUGUUUGGUAGUUUGGUAUUGCUGGUUUAGAAACUUCAUCUUCCGGUUUCUCUUGG